UACAAUUAUACUGGCAUUCUGGAUAAAAAUAAUAAAUUUGUCACCAAAAUUGCACUUGUAGUCUUGUGGAUGUAAAUGAGCCCUCCAGGAGUCUUGUGCUUGAUAUUGACCUGGUCUGGUAUCUGCAUGGAAUUUGUAUGUCCUUUCUGUGCUCCCAUUGUCAUACUGUGGUUUUCUCAACUGUAAACUGGAAAAGUAAUUGGCUCCUAAUAAGACUCUAAACCCCACUGAGGGGAUAAAGCUGAUGGAAAUGAUUAAAUUGCCUGUAAAGAGCAGUGUGAUAUGUUUGUCCUCCAAGAACAAAGGUUAAUAAGAACCCAGGGAAAUGCCUUCUUAUUGACAAACAAAGAACACAUUCCCUUAGCAGACCGUUCUCCAGGGCAGGAAAGGGUUACAGGGGAUGGGCAAUGUGAAUGUGGAUUUUUAUACUCACAUCGGGGAUGAGCUGGGAGUUUUUUCUUUCCUGUUGCAUUGCCAGCUGUGCAGAACUAUCCCCGCUGCUCUCACUCUCUCUGCCUGAUCCAAUAACAACCCUCUCCCUUUAUCUCCGACACCUGCCGGCUCCACGGGAAACAUAUUAAAGAUACAGCAGCAAAAACAUGAGAAUGAGCUGAGGACCCGCAUGGAGCAAAGUUAAUCUCUAUAUGUGGUAAGAAAUGUGUACCUGUUAAAGACUUGGAUGUGUUAGAGGAGGUUCAUCCCUUGACUAAAUCUGCACCAUGAACUCCACAAUGGACUCAGAAGAUGCUGAGCUACGUCAUAUCAUGCAGGUGCUGGUCACUGUGAUCUUCAGCUUUAUUUUCCUGCUGGGAAUGAUGGGCAAUGGCACUGUAAUUUGGAUCACAAGUUGCCGCCUUCGAAGGACAAUCAACACAGUUUGGUUUUUCAACCUGGCACUGGCUGAUUUUAUUUCCACUUUCCUGGUUCUGGUCACCGUACUUUAUUUGCUACUGGACUUGCACUGGCCAUUUGGCCCCAUUCUUUGCAAGUUAGUCAACUGCAUUUUUGGACUCAGUAUCUAUGCCAGUAUUCUCCUGCUCACUGCAAUUAGUAUUGACCGGUGUGUGUUUGUCCUCUUCCCGGUAUGGUGUCAAAAUUAUCGUAAUCCAAGGUUGGCAGCCAUUACAUGCUUAGUCAUUUGGGUUCUUUCCGUGGCUCUAGUUCCUGGCUCCUACACCUUAUCAGAGAUGUCCACAGAGAAGAACCGAAGUUCUUGCAAAAACCUUGAUGUUUUUGAAGAUUGGGAAAAAAGGGAGGCUGGUAUCUUCACCGUUUGCAUCUUCCUUUACCAAUUUUUGGUUCCCCUGAGUAUAAUACUUAUUUCAUAUACAAUCCUCCUACUUACUCUUCACAAGAAAAAACUUAACAGGUCUAGCAAACCUUUGCUUGUUGUUACAGGGGUGGUUUUCUCCUUUUUUUUAUGUUGGCUUCCCUAUCACGCUUUGGCAAUGGCCCGUGUUUUCCUAGGGGGGCUUCCACUUUGGGUCAGUCUGGUUGGUGUGCCACUGUCCAAAUGCUUGGCAAUGUUUAACAGCUGCAUUAAUCCAAUACUCUAUGUUUUUGUUGGUCGAGAGUUUAAAGAUGAAGUUAAGCGAUCAAUAACACAAGUUUUUAAAGCUGCUUUUGAAGAACUGCCCCAGUAAAGCAUCAAGUUUCAACUGAAAAUUG